AUGGCACCUUGGCUCCAGUUCAGCUCCUUUUUCUUCACUCUGGUCGCCUGCUUCAAGGGUCACCAGCUGGCUGGGGCUGCUGGAGGACCCAGCAGCAGGCGGGGGCCCGCGGCCGACACGUGUGGAUGGAGGGUGCUGCCACCAGUCAGCAAGAACGGUGGAAUGCUUAAUAUCACCUUUAAAUAUGACAAUUGCACUCCUUAUUUGAAUUCAUUGGGAAAACACAAGGAUGUGCAAAAUAUAACAAUCAGCCAGUAUGCAUGUUCUGAACAAGUUGCAGUGAAUAUUUGGACAGCAAAUGUGCUUGGGAUUGAAUUCCUGAAAGGAUUUCGAGUAAUACUUGAGGAGUUAAAAUCAGAGGGAAGACAGUGUCAGCAAAUGGUUUUAAAAGACCCAAAGCAAGCUCAACUCUGAUUUUAAAGAACUGGAAUGGAAUCUCAGCCUUUUUUGAAUCUGAAAUUUGAAACUGAUUAUUUUAAAGAUUGUUCCUUUCCUUCCAUUAAAAAUGAAAGUAAUUACCACCCAUUUUUCUUCAGAACCCGACCAUGUGAAUUGUUGCUACAGCCAGAAAACCUUGCCUGCAAACCUUUCUGGAAGCCCAGGAAUCUGAAUAUUACCCAGCAAGGUUUUAACAUGCAAGUGUCUUUUGAUCAUGCACCUCACAACUUUGGCUUUAAAUAUUACUAUCUUCACUACAAACUUAAGGAUGAAGGAUCCUUUAAACAAAAGACCUGCAGACAAGAACAAAACACGGAUAUCACAAUUUGUGUUCUUCAGAAUAUAGCUCCAGGGGAUUACAUCAUUGAGCUGGUUGAUGACACUAACACAACAAGGAAAACAAUGCACUAUGCACUAAAACCAGUACAUUCCCCGUGGGCUGGACCAAUAAGGGCCAUUGCCAUUACCGUUCCCUUAGUUGUCAUCUCAGCAUUUGCAACGCUUUUCACAGUGAUGUGCCGUAAAAAACAACAAGAAAAUAUAUAUUCCCAUUUAGAUGAGGAGAGCUCGGAAUCUUCUACCUAUGCUGCAGCGCUCCAUGUGGAAAGGCUCCGUCCCCGGCCAAAAGUGUUCAUCUGCUAUUCCAGUAAAGAUUGCCAGAAACACAUAAACGUCAUUCAGUGCUUCGCUUAUUUCCUUCAGGACUUCUGUGGCUGUGAGGUUGCACUGGAUAUAUGGGAAGAUUUAAAAAAUUCUAAGGAAGGGCAGAAAGAGUGGCUUAUUCAAAAAAUCAACGAGUCCCAAUUUAUCAUCAUUGUAUGUUCCAAGGGAAUGAAAUACUUUGUGGAAAAAAAGAACUGGAAGCACAAGGGAGCAACCAGAGAUGCUGAGAAAGGAGAACUCUUUUUGCUUGCCAUAUCUAUCAUCGCAGAGAAGCUGCGUCAGGCAAAGCAGAAUUCAGAUGACCUCUGCAAGUUCAUUGCAGUCUACUUUGACUAUUCCUGUGAGGGUGACAUUCCUGGCAUUGUGGAUCUAAGUACAAAGUACAAGCUCAUGGAUAACCUCCCUCAGCUUUACUCUCACUUACACUCCAGAGAUCUGAGCCUUCAGGAUUCAGAGUUGUACCCUGUAAAUAUUAGCAAAAGAAACUACUUCAGGAGCAAAACUGGCCGGUCCCUUUAUGUUGCCAUUUGCAAUAUGCACCAGUUCAUUGAGCAGGAGCCUGACUGGUUUGAGAAACAACUCAUUCCUUUCCCUCAACCUCCUUUACAUUACCAAGAACCUGUGAUGGAAAAAUUUGACUCAGGCUUGGUUUUAAAUGACUUAGUGAGUAAACAGGUGACUGAUGGGGAUUUCUACCUGAAAACAGAUGUAAAUAUUAUCCCUGCUGUAAAUUCAGACUCUCACUGUAUAAUUCAGCACUUUAACCUUGGAGAAGAUGCAGAGACUCAGGACAUUCAAGUUGGUAGCUCUGUUCUUCAGCCAUUGUUGCAUGUUGUAAAAGCUGCCAAUCUUCCAGAUAUGCCCCGGGAUUCAGGAAUCUAUGAUUCUUCUGUUCCUUCAUCUGAGUUAUCUCUACCUUUAAUGGAAGGACUUUUAACUGACCAAACUGAAACCUCUUCCAUUACAGAGAGUGUCUCUUCAUCUUCGGGUUUAGGAGAAGAAGAACCCCCUGUGCUCACUGCUACAAAAUGCCUAGUCCCUGGAAUAUGUAAAGCAGAACUUCAUUGCCACAUCCAUACCGAUGAACUGCAGGCAAUUGCACCUUUAUAAUGUCUUACAAGAUUGUUAAGCAUUGCCACUUUAUCAAUAGGCUCUGUUUGUGUGUUAACCAUCACAUCACCCCAACUGCUAAAAGUUCUUGAAGGAACAAAUGCUUCCUUGAAGGAUAUCUGUUAUUCCUAAGGGAAUUUGUGGCCAGUAGACUAUUACCUGUAAAUCUCUUUAUAGACUCUUUUCUCUUCUAAAAAUAUAGUAUUGUAAAAGAUGACAGUACACUUUGAAAUUACCAUCUUAAAUUGCAUGUUGAAAUUAUACUCUUUACAGAUAUCACAAUCCAAAAUCACUUCUGAUGUUUUUAUUAGAAAUAUUUUUGACUGAACAUACAAUAACUAAUCACUUUUGGCUUGGAUCGUUAACCAUCUCAAUGGCACAGCAUGUUUUGCAGCAGAAAUUCUGGUUUUAAAUGCUGAAAUAUUUGAUAGUAUGAGUAUUUUAAUGAUGAUCAGUGGGAUUUUUGUGACAGGAGUCAUGGUCAUAAAAUGCCAAAGGCCAGACCUAGUAAAACUCCAUUAGACAAAUAUUCCUUUAGCAAACAUUUAAGCAUUUUUUUCAACCCUGUCCCUCCAAAAAUUUUAUCUAAUCCAGUGCAUUCCAGUGGAAGGUAAAAGCUUGUGUCCUGGCCCCCACAGCUCCAUCUCUACCCAUAUUUUGACACACAUGUAAGGGAAACGUAUUGUGCCAUUCUGUCAUUUCAGCUCCAGGAUGGUACAAUGCAAGGCUAUAGGACACACAUGUUUAUUGGAUUUCCUGAUGUCCAUUUCAAGGUUAAUUGUUUUUCGUGGAAACCUGUCUUCAGACUUCGUUUCUUUUAAAUGGUCUUAGUUCUGUCUGAUUUUGUGGAAGAUAAAAUUCUUGUUCCCUGCGUGUUUCCCACAUUGAGUUCAUUGCAGUAUCAGGAGCUUGGUUUAGGAAUAUUCUGUUUUAGAAUGCUGCAGCCUGUGUGGGGUGAACAUUGCAAGAGAUGCAGUAAGUGAAGCUUCUUGCUCGCCUAUCCAGAGGUAGGGUAAUUGUUUCUAUUUUUUAAAAAUUCUAUUCUUGACAGGCUGGCUACAAUGUCUCACAAAUAAGGCCAU